AUGGAAGGGUUGACACAUUUGCAUGAAGAAAUUUUAUCAAGACAUUUAGAUGAAUGUAAGCCAACAAUUGUUCAUAGAAAUUUAAAAACCAAAAAUAUUUUGUUAAAACAUGAUUUAACCGCAUGUAUUUCGGAUUUUGGUGUCGCUGUGGGUUUGCAAGAUGGGAAGUUAUGUGGUGCUGUUCAUACCCGGGUUGACACUUCACGAUACUUGGCCCCUGAAGUACUAGAUGGUUCCAUCGACUACUCAAGGUGUACAAGUGUAGACAUGUAUGCAUGUGGUUUAGUAUUAUGGGAGUUAGCAAGUAGAUGUACAGCACAACUAGGAGCUGUACCAGAAUAUAGGUUACCAUUUGAAGAAGAAUUUGGACAACAUCCGUCAUAUGAGGAAAUAGUAGAAUGUGUUGUGAUUAAACGAUUGAGACCAGCUUUUAAAGAUAACUGGAAGAAAUCACACCCAGGCUUAAGGGAUUUAUGUCAAACAAUCCAAAAAUGUUGGGCACAUAAUGCCGAAAAAAGAAUAUCGGCCGCGUCUUUAUAUGAACAAUGUAAUCAGUUACAAGUUAGUCGAAAUGAAGCCCAAUGGAGUCGUUGGUCCCUCAAUGAACAAAUAGAAUCAGAUGAGGAGAUCGGUACGGUGCAUAAUAGAAAGCUCACUAAACAAUUUUUAUUGAUUUAUUUAUGUUUAAUUUGUAUAACAAAUUAUUUCCUGUUUAUUUAGAUUCCGUCGACUAGUUGAGGAUCGGGGUCGCUAUGGUCGUGUAGUACCUAUGAAAUGCACUUCAUAAGAAUGGCACUCAUAAAAUAGCUGCUUCUUAUAAAGACAUAUCAACGACGUCGUAUCGGGCCGGCCAGACCCCGGUCACCUUCUCCGUGCCCAGAGGCGUGUUUAACGAGGGGCAAAGGGGGCAUUUGCCCCCGG